UUGUCCUCACUAUAUCUCAGAAUUACAAAUAUACCCUAAUAAUUCGAGUAGAUAUCGGGCAAAUUAUUUGUUCUAACGCUAGGGUUUUGCGAUUUCUACGGAGGCAGAGCGGGCGAGCGAGAAAGAAUAGAGGGAAACAAUGAGCCGGAGCUUGGGCAUACCGGUGAAGCUACUACACGAGGCGUCGGGUCACGUGGUAACGGUGGAGCUCAAGAGCGGAGAGCUUUACAGAGGAAGCAUGGUCGAGUGCGAGGAUAACUGGAAUUGCCAGCUCGAGAAUAUCACCUUCACUGCCAAAGACGGAAAAGUAUCACAGCUUGAGCAUGUUUUCAUUCGAGGCAGUAAAGUCAGGUUUAUGGUCAUACCAGACAUGUUGAAGAAUGCUCCUAUGUUCAAGCGUCUGGAUGCUAAAAUCAAGGGUAAGAGCUCAUCUCUAGGAGUUGGCAGAGGUAGAGCUGUUGCAAUGCGAGCCAAAGCUCAAGCUGCUGGCCGAGGCACAGCAGCCGGUAGAGGUGUUGUGCCAUCUGUUCGUAGGUAACUUUGUCUUGUUAAGUGCUUUCUGAUCUCCUGUCAGGAGCAGCGUUCACCAUUGUAUGCCACCUUAGAAUUGGCUUGAGUUUAGUAACCAAACUUGUACUCCUCAUAUUUGAUGUAAAAGAAUCCACACUUUAUGAUGAGGAAAAAGAAAUUAGAUAGAGCUGAAGUUAUUUUUCCUGGAUCCAAAUGACUGUCAUUUUCUGUAUGAACGUAUUGAAUUGCCAAAAUGAUCUUAUUAUUUCUAAUGGCUUUUUAUUCACAAGGCACGGGUACUUUUGGGAA